GCUGGACAGUUAAUCGGGUAUAUUUUUUGAAUGUAGAUGUGCCUUAACAACUUUCACAAAGUUGCCGAAAUAAGCUUUCUUUGGAUAACUAUCUGUUUAUAAGUAUAACUCAAACAAAUACGGAUAUGAAUACGAGAUCUAGAAUGAUAAAAAUGGAAUGUGAAAGUUCAUUUGAAGAUUUGGGACUUUCAAAUAACAAAUAUGACUCUCAAAUUAUCGCUCUCAUUAAUUAUUUACAAAAAAAGAAAUGUUUUGAAUUCAAAGAAAUACCUAUUUUGAGAACAAAUGGAAAAGCAAAACCACUUGAUCAAUUACUUAUGAUAAUUCUACAAAGUAAGGAAAUUUGGAAACAUGUAACACAAUUUUCAACCGGUUCCCUUCUCUUUGAGCUAUUUCUCUCAUUCUAUAAGGAAGUUGUUAGGGCCAAUCCAAAUUGUCUGAAAUUUGGAAGUAUUUUUGACCACCAGAGCAGAACAUUCUUUCUUUUAAAAGAAUCCAAAUUUAUUGAAGAAAUGGUUGAGCUAAAGCAGAGUAUAACAUCCAUAUUAGAGUCUGAGAACCUUGCAAAGCGGCUCACAAACUGUGACGAUUUCGUUAUAGUGUUGAAUAAACUAUUGGGAGACGCCUGUGACCCAGUAACUUAUUUUACGCAAACCGACUGCGUAAGAUGCGGAAGUUAUCGGAAACAUCACGAAUGCAAAGAAAACAUGGAUUCUGUAUCCAUUUCGGGAGUCGUAAAAAAUUUAGACAUGUGUUUGCCUGUCUAUUAUGACAAUUGCACAAAAUGUAAUUACUCGGAUACCCCGCACUAUAUAGUAUGGCAUGAAAUUCCUCAGUUUUUAAUGGUUUCCUUCAAAGUUCCAUACUCUUUUGAAAGUCAUAUGAGAUUGGAUGAAGUGGAGAAGAGUUUGAAUUUUGAAUUCAAUUCAAAAUCCUACGUACUCCAUAGUAUUACUUACAAACGGGAUAGAGAGGUUGUCGGCAGUUGGAUUAAAAGUUUUGACAGUGGACUUUGGUUGGAGACGAAACGAUUUCGUUACUCGGGCAAAUUGUCAAAAUGUAAUAAUGAAAAGAUAAGUUUGAAAAAUAUAAAGUUAAUUGUUUUCCAACGAAGUUAUAAAGUGAUGAAAAAUAGUAUAUCCAAUAGACCAGCUUGUUCAAAGCACGAAAGAAAGAAUCAAAAGAUACUGGAAAAGAAAAAAUUCACUGCUAUUUACACAGAGGAAAUAUAUAAUUUUCUUCGUUUACGAGAAAGUAAGAAAGCGGAUCUUGAAGAAAUCUAUAAUCACUUAAAAACUGCAAUUUCACGAGGAAGAUUGAGGAAAAGAACAGCCUUAUCGGUUAUGCUUGAGUCGAAUAAGUUUUGGAAAUUGGAAACGGGUUAUUGGACUAUUAAAACGGAAUUCCUUCAAAGGUUCUCGUCAACAUUUCGCACAAGCGAUGUUAAAAUAGAGAAAUCGGAAGAGCCUGUGGAUUGUGAUAGGAAAAACUGGGCACUGGAAGGAGAAAGCGACCAGGAUGAAGCAACUCACGUUAAUGAUUUAGAAGAGCAAGGGCAUUUUGAGAAAUACGUGGAAAUUAUUCUAAAAAGCAUAUUAAGAAAUGAAAAUCGCUUUACAACGACAAGAGAAAUCUUUUGCAAUUUAAAUUCUUAUUAUGGAAAUGUACCGCCGUACGGAUGCAGACCCCUUGUCCUUCAAAUUUUAAAAAAAUCAAAAUGUUUCGUGUGCAAGAAAUUUGGUCAUUGGAAUUUAACGAAGAGUUCUUACAGAGCCGUCAAAUCCGGAAUAUUUGACCUUAGAACAUUAGAAAUUUUACUUAACAGUUAGCAGUUAGCUAAUUUAUAUAUAUUUAUAUUUAUAUCUAUAUAUAUAAGAUACUAGUGACAUCUGUCUACUUGAGUUUAAAAUACAUUACAUAAGUUUUCACCUUUAGGUCGUACUGUAGACUGUUUAGAAGCAAAUGCUGCAUUUUUUUUAAAGUUGAUUUCUAAGAGCUUAGGGAGAAACUUCAGAUUUUGAAACCCUGGGAAAAUCAGUAUUAAGUUUACACUCUCUUUAAAACUGAAUUAGAAAGUAAAGCGAUUUUUUUUAUAUUGAUCGAACCUAUCUAUUUUGUUUGUACUUUUUCCCUUUUGAUUUAGGAAGACAUGCUCUUUGGUUUUUUUUUACUAAGAUAAAUAUCAACAAAUGUUAUAUCGC